CAGUUUAUGAUAUUAUUUCUAGGUGGGGUCGCAUCCCAGCGCUCAGAGUCUGCGGAAUGGAGGGGAAACGGAGGGUUCGUCGGGGAGGGGAGGGGAAAUGUAAGUCCAAAUCCCCAGCCCCACAGUCAGCGUCUGGGUUCUCUGUGCGCCGCUUUCUUCUCUUUGGAGGUCCUGAGUAGCACGUUCUGUCGCGGCCCACCCCGACUGCGCUGCCGGCAGUGGGCGUUUGCCGCCGGGACCCCACACGCUCGACCUUAAACUUGACUUGCAGGCUGGAGGCGCCACCAUUGCGAGUGGAGUGGGCCGUGAUUGGAAGGCAGGAGGGACCACGAACUGGAUGGUGGAAAGGGCUGGGGCUGCUCGUUUGCAUUACCCCGUAGCGAAGAUCCGGGUCGCCCGGCUCCCACUCCGGGCUUGAGGAUGCUGCAGGGGUCAGCGUCGCGUUGCCGCCGCAGAUGGAACUGGGGUGAAGGAGACGUGGCGACGCCCGAGAUCUGGGCCGCGAGAGGGUGGUUGGGAGGCGGAGACCGGGCGGCGGAAGGUGCUGGAGGGAGCCCAGCCAUCUGCAGCGCUGCGCAGGCGGGAGGGUGUGCUUCCUGCCGUGUUAUCGCACCAGCUACUGAUCUGUCACAGCCAGCGAGCGAGCCCAGGAUCCUGAACUGUACGCGGUAACCGCUUCAUGUAGGUGAGAGAUUUCACAGGAGGCGACAAAGACGAGACUCCGGGUGGAAAUAGCCAGGGAAUUUGGAGUCCCUAAAGCUCCACUGGCCUUUCUGAGCUUCAGACUGAAAACGUGCAGCAAGGCCGCUUAAGCCCUUUGCACUCAUCCUCCACCAGUGCGGAGGAAGGAAUGAGAUUGUCGCCGGUGUCAGAAUGAGUGACAAGUGACGGAUUAUAAUGGUCUUGAAGAAGAGUAGUGAUGUCAUGGUAUUAACAGAUGCACCACUGGUUGCAUCAUUUUUCUUGAAGACAUUCCAUUAUUGUUCUGUUGGUCUUUCCCUCAUUCCCGAGUCCUUUGGAGUUGAGGUAUGUCCACAGCUGCCUUAAUUACUUUGGUGAGAAGCGGUGGGAACCACGUGAGAAGGAGAGUGCUGCUAAGCUCCCGCCUACUGCAGGACGACAAGCGGCUGACACCCACCUGCCAGAGCUCCACAUCGGAGCCCAGGUGUUCUCGGUUUGAUCCGGAUGGUAGUGGGCGUCCGGCCACCUGGGAUAAUUUUGGGAUCUGGGACAACCGCAUUGAUGAGCCCAUUCUGCUGCCGCCCAGCAUUAAGUAUGGCAAGCCAAUUCCCAAAAUCAGCCUGGAGAACGUGGGCUGCGCCUCGCAUAUUGGGAAACGGAAAGAGAAUGAAGACCGGUUUGACAGCGCUCAGCUGACAGAUGAGGUCCUGUACUUCGCGGUGUAUGACGGCCACGGCGGACCUGCAGCCGCGGAUUUCUGUCACACCCACAUGGAGAAAUGCAUCAUGGACUUGCUUCCUAAGGAGAAGAACUUGGAAACUGUGUUGACCUUGGCUUUUCUAGAAAUAGAUAAAGCGUUUUCAAGGCACGCCCACCUGUCUGCGGAUGCAACCCUUCUGACCUCUGGGACUACUGCAACGGUAGCCCUGGUGAGAGAUGGUAUUGAACUGGUUGUAGCCAGUGUUGGGGAUAGCCGGGCUAUUUUGUGUAGAAAAGGAAAACCUAUGAAGCUGACCAUUGACCAUACUCCAGAAAGAAAAGAUGAAAAAGAAAGGAUCAAGAAAUGUGGUGGUUUUGUGGCUUGGAAUAGUUUGGGACAGCCUCACGUGAAUGGCAGACUUGCAAUGACAAGGAGUCUUGGAGACUUGGACCUUAAAACCAGUGGUGUGAUAGCAGAACCAGAAACAAAGAGGAUUAAGCUACAUCAUGCUGAUGACAGCUUCCUGGUCCUCACUACAGAUGGAAUUAAUUUCAUGGUGAAUAGUCAAGAGAUCUGUGACUUUGUCAACCAGUGCCAUGAUCCCAACGAAGCAGCCCAUGCAGUGAUUGAACAGGCAAUACAGUAUGGUAGUGAAGAUAAUAGUACUGUGGUCGUAGUGCCUUUUGGUGCGUGGGGAAAGUACAAGAACUCUGAAAUCAACUUCUCAUUCAGCAGAAGCUUUGCCUCCAGCGGACGAUGGGCCUGAUUGCUUGCUGGGACAUUGAAUUGUUGUGAAACACUUGUUCACUGAGCAUGUCAAGAAACUUACUAGGUCAAACAAGUGUCAGGGUGACUCUGUGACUCACUAGAUCUGUACACAAAUCAGUGUAAGUGUAUUAACCAUUUACAUUGUAGCUUUUCAUAAAUAUCUGUCAUAUUUAUGUUCAACUGUACAUACUCGGUAUCAGUAUACAUGUAAUUCAGCUAUUGGGAGUCUCAAGUUGAGUGAGCAAAUGAAAAGUGGCUUUGACACACUUGCUGAGUAUUAUAUGUCUAAUUUUUAAAACUCUUAGGCAGCUAUGAGUUUCUUUUGAUGGUUUUUAUUCUUCAUUCAAUCUGUUGGAACAGAGUCUUGCCUUCAAGUUCUUCAGCACUGAUAGGUAUUUUGACAGCUCUGCAGUGUGUUAGCUGCAAGUGUUUGUUUUUAAUAGUUCUGCCAAGGAGUAAGUGUGAAAACUGAGUUCUCUGUGACUAUAUUUUGUAUUCUGGACCACUUACUGGUAAACUUCCCAAUGCAAAAGACAUUACUUCAGAUAAUAUGACCCUGCUAAAGUGUGUGGCUAUUUACAACAGUGCACUUUCGUAUUCCAGCUGUGUCCCUUGGUCUCCAUUCUUCUCUUUCUGUAGCUAAGAAUGUUAUAGCUACAUGGACUACUCCUUUAUAUCAGAAAAGUUAUGUACAGGCUGAGACUUUUGGUUAAACCUACACAAACAAAUACUGACAGUAGCAAGUAUUUUGUAUAAAGUUUCCAUUUGUUAGCUCUAACUCUGUGUUUUGUAUAUAGUAUGUUUAUGUACUGUUGUAUAGAGUAAGCAAGUUGGAUAAUGUGUCAGUAAAAAUAAUACCACAUUGACUGACAAUGCUAUAGACAUAGUAUGAGGUUUAUGUCUCCUUUUCGCUUAUUUCUGUGAUUCAUAGUGUAGAAUAAAUCUAAAACAUGAAAGCAUUCUAUAUUUCAGCUUGCUAAUGUAAUUUAGGAAUGUAAAACUAUACUUCUUUAUAUAUGCAUGUAAGUUUGCUGUUAAAAUGUGAAUCUCUACAUGCGUGUUUGGAAUUUUAUCUGCAGUUUACUUUUGCAGACAAUGUAAAUUGGUUAUAUGUGUGGGUGUAUGUACCUAUGUAAAUUUUGGAGUCAUAGAGAAUUAAAGGGAACAAGCCUGCAUAGCUCCUUCACCAGUUAGCUUUAAAUUAUUGAUAAGUUUAUCCCCAAGGACUCUUGACAAACAGAGGGCAGUUUUAUAGUGGAGAACCAAUGGUUAUUGGCAGGUGAGGAAGUGAAAUUAAAAUGGCUGUGGGUGAUAUUUUGUGGUGGUAAUUGAUGUGAAAAACACAGAAGCAGACCAGCAUGUUGAAGCUACAUUGCUGUAUGGUAAUUUGCAAAUAAAAUAGUAGGACGUGAGGAAAAUACUGAGUGUUAAGAAUGAUGUGGAGUUUUAUUGCAGAGACAAACAAACAAAGAAACCAAGAAGGUAAAGUUGGUGGAGUGUAUAUCUUCCAAUCUCACUUUUCAUGGUCGACUGGUUUUCUGUCUUUAUGUUUUAUUUAAAGGUUUGUUGUUAGAAGGAAC